AUGUUGGUUCCCUUUCUUAACUACAACCUACUACUUUCAUUUCUAUUCCUUUUGCACGGCUUCGCAGAGGUUUGUGAAGGUGGAUUAGCGGCCUCGACUAGAAAUCUCACACUCGUUACGGCGUGGUAUCCUCACCCUGGUUACAAUCCCAAGUAUCCUGAUGAACAAUAUUAUCGCAGUCGAGUCGUAGAGUUUCUAGCCCGAAUCCACACCCCGCUUGUUGUAUUCACUCCCUCCUCGGAAAACGACUUCCUCCAGAGUGCCAGGCCAUCUGAUGCUCCAAUGCUAUUGAACAACAGCUUUGAAUCGAUCUGGGAUGUACCGUACCUUACCGGGCUCACCCACUCAUUUCAUACUAAUCAAGUGAAACUGGCGGUCCAACAAAUGCCAGGAGACUUCUUUGAAACUCCUCAUAUGUGGGGUGUCUGGAACGCCAAAGUAUUCUUCCUUGAUGAGGCAGCAAAAGAAAAUCCGUUCCGCUCGAAUUAUUUUUUCUGGCAUGAUGCGGCCGGGCUGCUACCGCGGAAAGGCAAUUUGAUUUCCUGGCCAGACAUCACGAGGAUCCGUGAAGCUCUCUCAACCGGCAUUGGGCAUCCGGAAAAAUUACUCAUGGUUGCUCGUGAGCUUAAACCACUGCGGCCCGUUGAUGCUUCAAGGGAACUUGCCCCCUUGACACGAACAAUUUCAGCACAUUUCUUUGGCGGGACUAAAGGGUCUAUUAAGUGGUUUUCUCAAGCGUAUUAUGAGAUGCUCGCAUAUUACCAUUCAAUUGACCAGUUUGUUGGGUGUGAGGAACGCAUAAUGUUGAGUAUUGCGUUACUCCACCCCAACCGCAUAGCAUGUGUUCCAUCUUUUCGUUGCUAUGAUCCAACACAAGUACGCCUCGAUCAUAUGUAUUAUUAUUUUCUUUGGCUAUCAGGGCAGGAAACAAGGUUAACAAAGGGGCCGAUCCGUCCGGUAAUGUUUUCUGAUGUACCAGAAGCAAAUAUGUUCUCUUAUGACUAUUGGGCUAGAUGCGAUUCUGAAGUAUGUUUUUGA